AUGCCUCAACAAGCCUUCGAUGCGACUCUGCAGCAUCAAAUCCGCAAAAAUUCGAUAUACCUUUCGGAGCACCUGAAGCUGCUCGGAUACCCGAACAACAUUCCCAUCUCGGUACUGAACACGCCGUACGGUGGACCGGAAAGUUUCAAUGCCUACUCGGACAUUCUUACCUGGCUUAUCAGCCGAUUGGAACCGGCUCUGCUGCUGGCCGGUGGAACCCGAACAGAACCGGACCGGGUAGCGUUCGUUCGUUCGGCCACCGAAUUCCUGGUCACCAAGGCGGGUAUCAAAGUUAAUCCCCGAAAGCUGUAUGCUAGCUCGGCUGCCACGGCUAGUGAGCUAUUGAAGGUUACUUCUUUGCUGAUCGCAUCACCAAAGGUGACCGGGGCAGACGAUGAAUCGAUCAAAUCCCACGUGGAAAUAGAUUUGUCCGACAAAAUGGACGAUCUUAAGAAGGUGCGAGCGUUGUCCUCGGAGCUAACGAAUCGUGGUGCCGCACUGUAUGACCUACUUCGUAAGGAACUGGUUAAUCGAGAAACUCGAACGAUACAAUCAAAUCGUCCACUAGAGCUGGCUACGGUCGAAAAGGUUAUAAAGUCUGCGAUUACUUCGUUGGAAUCCAAGUUGCAGGCCUCUAAAUCUACCUUGGAAACGUUGAAUGCUGAAAACGGAAAUUUAUCGUCUAAAAUACAACGUAAAGCAUCCGAACUAGAACGUUCCAAACAACGCCUUCAAGCACUGCAGAAAGUUCGUCCAGCAUAUCUGGAAGAAUUCGAAAAGUUCGAAGUCGAACUGAAAAACUUGUACGAGCAGUACAUCAUCCGCAUCCGUUGCGUGGAUGCUCUGAAGUCCCAGCUGAUGGGAAGAAAUCGUGCCUCAACACCUACUUCUCCGAUCGCCAAAAUGGUGGACAGUAGCAUGACCAUUCUGCCGGAGGGCUUGAUGGAUUCCGAAGAUGAAAACGACGAUGAGAUCAAUGACUUUGAUGAACGCGAGGAUGUGAAAUUGAAAUCAGAAAAGCGAGUUCUUCGGAGUGAAUUGUUAAACCGAGAUCGUGGAUCAACGCGUUUCCGUACUCGGCACGAUGAAGGACAGGCACCGUCGUUGAGUGGUCGCGAUCGUGUUCGAAUGAUUGGCGGUAUGAACGAUGACCUCGGGCCUCUGGAUAGUUCCUUGGGUAGUUCAGCAGAAUCCGAAAGCGAUUUGGAAAUGGAUGGAAACGGAUUAAUUGACGAGCUUCGUACAGACGACGACGAUGAAGACGACGUGAGCUUGACGAAACUGGCCCGAGAAAAUUCCAACCUCAAUCGCAGCGCCAAGCAGGACCAAAGCGAUGAGGAUUUCUAAUCUAUGGUU